CAUCGACGACCCACAGAUGUGUCCGACCCUCUACGCGCUCUCAGCAUCGCUCCGCAGCCUCAGACUGCGCGGCGGCGUGAUCGGCGUCGCCAACGCGCCGCCCGUCGUCGAAGCGCUGCGAAUAAGCGGCUGCGCGGCCACGCACCGCGCCGGCGCCGUCAGCGAGGCGGAGAACCAGUCGCUCGGUCAAUGCGGCGAGGUGCUCGCGCUCGACGCGUCUGCUGCCGGCGCGGCGCGUCCGCUCGGAGCGUGGCCCGCCGCGUCCACGCCCGCCCUGGCGCACCCUGGCCUCGCCACCGCCGCUGCGAUAGCCCGCUCGUACGGCGCGAGACUCUCGAUCGACACGUCGCUCAGCGCGGCGCCGCUGCGCCACAUCGGCGGCUACUUUAGCGGGCCGCGCGGGACGCUCGCCAUCGCGGUCGACUCGAGCUGGGCGGAGGCCGUGCACGAGCUCACACACGCCGUGCACGAGCUCACACACGCGGCGUUCGAGGCGACUUCCGAGACGCUUGCGAGACGCUUUCGAGAUGCGUCUCCGCGGCCCUUGCCCUACCAACUUGCGCGCGUCCACAGACCAACCAGCGGCGCGGGCUCCAGCUCCGCCACGGCCGCACGCACCGGCACCGCCGCCGACGUCUCCGCCGAGCCAUUGCACACGCACUGGUGGGGCGCGGAGGGCGUGGCAGAGCUCGUCUGCCGCGAGCACGAGCUACACGCCUUGCGUAGGCUCGGCGCUGCAGCGUGCCAUCGCUUCCGUGCUCGUCCUCGAGCGGCGCACACGCGCGAGCUGCGGCGGAUGCGCGCCGUCCUGCUGCUCAUCGGGGGGCGCGCGCGCCUCGUCUACCUCGCCGCCGCCGCCGUGGCGGCCACGGCGUCGCUCAGCGCGCUGCUGCGCUCGGUUGGACUCGGCCCGCGGGCCGGCCCUGCUGGUGACAGCCCCGCUGGCUGA